CAGCAGCGGCGGCGGCGUGGGCGGCUGCGCAGGGCCCAGCGGGCGGGCGGGGCUGCGGCAGGGCAGGGCAGGGCAGGGCGCGUCCCGGGGCCCUGAGGGCUGCGGACUCCGGGGAUCCUGCGGGCGCACCGGGUGGGCUCUGCCGCCCCGCCCCGCCCCUGCGCUCCUGCAGGCCGAGGUGUAGCUCUGCGCCCCCCCGGAGCCCGAGCAAGAGCCGGAGCCCCAGCACAGCUGUAUCCCACAUCCGAGCGGGAAGUGGAGCGGGAGCGGGAGCCUGAGCGGGAAACCCGGUUGGAAGCGAAGCUGGAGCCGGCGGUGCGGCGCACGGAGCGGAGCGAGGCAGCCAAGCCGACCCACCCCUUACAGCCCUUCCAGUCUGGUGCCCGGAGACCUUGCUAUGGAGAUCGCGCCACCGCGCCACCACUACGGUGGCGCCAGACUCAGCCCGCCUGCGCAGUGCCCACAUGCGGACUGCCCACAUGCGGACUGUCCGCAGGGCGUGAGCACCGCAGCAGGGCAGAAGCGGAGGUGCUCAAGGAGCAGAUGUGCUCAACAUUUGCUGGACCUGAGCGCUUAAUAACCCGCCCACCAGCUUUCAGGCAGGCUGAUGAAUCAGGUGAGUGGAGGGCUCUUCCCCGCAAGAAGUCAGAGCUGCGCACGUGGGCAGGCUGGCUCCACUCUACUGCUCCCGGGACUCCAUGUCCUUCAAGCGUCCCUGUCCCUAGGUCUGGCUUCUCCUGGGACAUAGACUUCCCUACCCUGGAAUCUUGGUGUCUCUCCAGCAGUGUCCAGCCACUGAGAUGCUUUCACUCUGGCAAAGCAGCACACUAUCCAAUAGCUCGAUACAACUACACCAGCUACUUCUACCCCACGUUCACAGAGAGCACUGAGCACAACCAUCUGCUGGUGUCCCCAGUGCUGCUGGCAGGUGCAGUCGUGGGGCUGGUCAUCAUCCUCUCCUGCAUCACCAUCAUCGUAGGUGGCAUCAGCAAGGACAGGCAGGACCAGCUGCAGCUCCAGAACCAGCGCCAUCACCACCGCCGCCAUCGCCACCGCCACCACCACCACCACAGUCGGCGCCACCACCAGCGUCGAGAAUAUGAGCAUGGCUACGCAUCCGACGGGCAAACCUACAGCCGCUCCAGCCGUAACACGCGUGACACCUGCAGCCCUGCCGAGGACUGGCCCCCAGCUGUAUACCUCAGCUCUGAUGGGGACCUGGACGGCGAGGUGCUCCGUGAACUAUACCCUGACUCUCCCCCUGGCUAUGAGGAGUGUAUGGGGCCUGGGGCCACACAGCUGUACAUCCCCACUGAUGCUCCACCACCCUACUCGCUGACGGACUCCUGCCCUGAGCUGGCCUGCAUUCUGGACGCGGACAGCAGCCACAGUGCCGUGCGCACCAUCUCCAUGGACACCCUGCCUUCCUACGAGGCCGUGUGUGGGGUUGGCCCCCCGUCAGGCCUGCUGCUGCUGCCGGGCCCUGAGCCAGGGCCUCGCAGCCCCCGGGACUCGCCCAUCCCCACCCAGGCCCCCGCCUCUGGCCCUGAGAGGAUGGUGUGAGUGACCUUGCCAGCUGAGCCCUGCCAGUCCCUGGGCACCAAAGCCACAUCACUUAGACACACAGAGGCACACACACUAGUACCCCCCAAAACACACACACACACACAUACACACACUGGCUCCCACACCCACACAUAACCAUCUGUGAAGGUUUUAUGAACAAAACUAUGUGACCAGCUUGGUGGUGCCCCUGGAGGGGUAGAUAAGGCUGCUGGUCAGUGAGGAAGGGCUGGGCUUGCUCACCUCCCUCCCUGGGUCUCUUUGGCCUGGCAGGCCACCCACACUCUAAUUCUGCCUCUGGAAACUGCUGCUGGACCAUUCCUAGGUCCACUGCCUGCCAUCUCUUCCUCCCCAUACCCUCCACCCCCACAGCCUACCAUCCUGGGAGGUGGGGCAGGCCUCAGUGAGGCUCAGAUGCCUGCUUUUCCUCCUCUCCGCCCCAGGGCUGUGAGCCACAACACUACCACCCUGGCAUGUACACAGGGUGAGGGGUGUGGGGCUAGGGCUUAAGCCCACCUUACCUCCUCCCCCAUCUCAGUGCCCUCAAUCUGGUGGUGCUAGUGGAGGAUUUAGCUAAGAAGCCCCCAGCCCCAGCCUCUGGAGGCGUACUACUGUAAUGGGUGUGUAGUGGUGGAGAGAGGCACAGCUGUAAACCCCCCCCAGGGGUCAGUCCAACCACUGACAGUGUUAAUGGAGGCUCUAUAAAGAAGAUGGGGGCCACCUGAAAGGGCGCUGAGGCCAGAACCCUUGGAGUGCUUGCAGGCACCAGGUCAAGAGAAUGGGCUGCCAGCAUGCCACCAUGGGAGAACAAGUGUUGCCAGUGGACUUUGCUGCCUGGGGCUGGCAGCAGGAGGGGAGAUGCCACCUGUUGUGUGUGGAGAUGCCUAGGGGGAGAGAGGCUCAGCUCUUGGCCCAAGAAUCCCAGUGAUUUCAUCAGAAAACAGGGCUGAAGACUCAACCUGCCAGAGGUGACCUUUAAAAGAUCAGCACCACCAGCAGCAUGGAGCUGAGUCCUCAAGUCCCCCAACCUCACUCCCUCCCCCCAAACCAACAACAUUCCCAUUCACCGAUACUAUCCUCCACAUUUCAGUUCCUCCAAUGAAGGGCUAAGAUAAUUUAUUCAUUUCCUUAAGGGGUGGAGAGAUGGCAAUUGUGAAUUUUAUUUUCUGUAGAAAUCAUUUCUUCUGGUGCAGAACUGACAGGACUCUGCUUAGAGGUCCUAUAGUGUCCCAGGGAGCCCCUCCAACUCUACUCUGAAGGGACAGGGACCCCUGUUUACAAGCAGUUCUGUCCACCUUUGUGGUUUAGGUACUGUUUCCUAGGCAAGGUGUGUGUGUGUGUGUGUGUGUGUGUGUGUGUGUGUGUGUGUGUGUGUGUGUGUGUGUGUGUGUUGUAAUGUAUAGCCUUUACAAUGCAGCCCGGGAACAACACUCUUUUAAGAAACACUUCCUGCUUCUGCAAUUAUAGAGCGUGCUAGGGAUGGGGGUGUAAACACACAUUCAACUGAGUGAUGGAGCUAAAUAGCUUUUCUUCUUCCUGGAUAAGCAACAAUGUAUCUUUUCUGUGUUCAAAAUAAAUAUCAUAUCAAUAAAAAUAUAUAACAAGA